AUGCAAGACUUCGAUGACGUCACCACUCUGAAAAGCUUCAACAACGAAGGGAGCGACUGGAGUCAGCGACGGCGACAGCUGACGUCAUUUGCGACGUCGCUCUGCGGCCGAAUCCCGCCGGCGACUGCACAAAUCGCCGCGAUUUUCUGUCUCGUGCCGCUGAGUGUCGCCGCGACGAUUCUGGUCGUCACGUUUCUUGUCAAUUUCGGCGUCGCUUUCAUCGCUCAGGGUUGGUUUUUGAGGUUCUUGUGUUUGUUUGAAAAUUUUGAGACUUUGAGGAACUACUUUCUUGAGAAAAUUGAAAUAUUUGAGCCAAGUUUUCAAUAUGAAGAAGAGCGCACCAUUUUUCUGAAAAUUGAGAAAAGUAGGUUUGCUUAAAACACGCUGCCCACUUCACGCGCGCGCAACAUUGCACACUUUUCAUUUAAAAUGAAAAAAACGAUCUAGAAAUCUUUGGGCGAAGAAUGGUAGAUAAUGGCCGUUAAAAGGGAGAGGCUCAAAAAAGGCAGCAAAGAUAGUCUCUUUAUCGAGCCUCCCAUUUUCCUAGAACUUCAAAGGUUCAAGAAAUGGUGGGAAAAGGGAAAGGCAGCAAAAAUGUUGCAAAAGGGCCGAGGAAACGGCGCGGAAAGGCAGCAAAAAAGAAACCUUUCUCGCUUUAAAAGAAACUUUUAUGGACCAUCUUUCAACCCUUUCCGACUUUGCCUAUGUUAUUGAUUCACUUCAAUGUUUUCCCAAUAUCCCAAAAAUUCAGCAAUAUCCACGCUGGCAGUGCUUCUGGUUCUGAUUCCGUGCCUCGCCUUCGGCCUGACCUCGGCCUUGAUCUGCGCCUACGCCUUGGAUCUCCUCCAGCUCCUUUUCGUUCGUCUUUGGCUGAACCCCAACCUUGUGACGAACCCCAGUAUUAAGCUCAAGAUUUGUUGA